CUGCUGCGGCAGCUGCGCGUUGCGCUACUGCUGCUCCAGCGCCGAGGCGCGCCUGGACCAGGGCGGCUGCGACAACGACCGCCAGCAGGGCGCCGGGGAGCCUGGCCGGGCGGACAAAGAAGGCCCAGACGGCUCGGCAGUGCCCAUCUACGUGCCCUUCCUCAUCGUUGGGUCUGUGUUUGUCGCCUUCAUCAUCUUGGGGUCACUGGUGGCGGCCUGUUGCUGCCGAUGCCUCCGGCCUAAGCAGGAGCCCCAGCAGAGCCGGGCCCCGGGAGGGAACCGCCUGCUGGAGACCAUCCCCAUGAUCCCCAGCGCCAGCACGUCCCGAGGGUCAUCCUCCCGUCAGUCCAGCACAGCCGCCAGCUCCAGCUCCAGCGCCAACUCAGGGGCCCGGGCGCCCCCAACAAGGUCACAGACCAACUGCUGCUUGCCCGAGGGGACCAUGAACAACGUGUAUGUCAACAUGCCCACGAAUUUCUCUGUGCUAAACUGUCAGCAGGCCACCCAAAUUGUGCCCCACCAAGGGCAGUACCUGCACCCCCCGUACGUGGGGUACGCGGUGCAACACGACCCGGUGCCGAUGACUCCCGUGCCCCCGUUCAUGGAUGGCCUGCAGCCGGGCUACAGGCAGAUCCAGGCGCCCUUCCCCCACACUAACAAUGAACAGAAGAUGUACCCAGCUGUGACUGUGUAACUCACGGUGCUAGCCAGGUCCCUAUGUGAGGCCGAGGAAAACCGGGCCGUGGUGGACUUGGCAGGGAUUUUCAGAGUGUGCACGCCGCUGCUGUUCACGGCAUGAAUCUUUUCGAUGGCUUCAUUUUCUUCCAGUGCAUGCAUGACUUAUGAUGGGAAGAGUGUCACUCGGAGAUGCCUGCGUUGUUAACCGCUGUUUGACAAAUGCUUGGACCCUUAAGUGCCCUUGAGGUACGGCUGUCGAAAGAAUUUUGUAAACGGAUAGAUCAAGCGUUUUAAUUAUGUCAUUAUUAUUAUUAUUCCUUUUUUGUUGUUUUCUUUUUUUACUGUACCAUGUCAGAGUACCUGUUUCUUCCCAUUUACCUGGGUAAGUUUUUUUAUAAGCAUCGAAAGUUUAGGGGAAGAUGUAAAAAACACAAUUAUUAUAAAAAGAAAUCCAGUUUGAACUCUGUGAGAUUAGUCAUCGAUCUCAGUGUUUCACAGGCACAUCUUAAUUUCAUUGUAAAAAGAUAUAUAUAUUUUGUCUAUUUUUGUGCCUUUUUUGGUCUAUUUUGUGCUUUUUUACCUUGUGUAGAGAUCUUAUUACAAAGUGAUUUUCUACGUUAAAAAGAGACUGGAAGAAAUUGUAGAGUUAACUAAUGACAUUUCAGAACUCUGGGAUUUUUCUCACCUUGAAGUAGUGAGUGGUGUAGUAAUAAAAUCCUCCAUUCCCUUCUU